UUUUAUGUUAGCUUUUGGUUUUGUUUUUGGUAUUUGCAGUUCCAAGCGAUGGAGUUUCAGACGAGGUAAACAAGUAUGGCUGUUGAUUAUCGUCAUGAACGGCAUAAAGGUCUGUCAAAGAACGGUCGCUCUGAAUUUUCGAUUGCAAAGAUGAGGUGGAAAAUGCUUGCAAAGGCUUUGCAAGAAGGUCGAGUGCAAGAGUCAUUGUCGUUUCCCGGUUCUGUCCGUCAGUUCUCCACAUUUGGUUUAAUUCAUAUGAUAUCUACAGAUGAUGCUGAAAAUGAUAAUGCUAAAGGCAGAUGGUUUCAGUGUUCUUGUUUGGAAGAGCCACGCUUAAAAUUAAAAAUUAGAUUAUUAUCUGACAAAAUAUCUUGUGAAGAACUCAGAGGUUUUGACAAUACUGGUAAUGUGUGUAUAUGGCCAUCAGAAGAAGUUUUAACAUAUUAUUGUAUGAAAAAUAAAGAACUUUUUGGAGGUAAGAGUGUUUGUGAACUUGGAGGUGGUAUGGCUAGCUUAAGUGGCUUAGCGGUUGCAGCUACUGCAGGAGCUAAAGAAGUUUUUGUUACUGAUGGAAACAUCCGCUGUGUACAAAAUGUGCAAUGUAUUAUAGAACAGAAUCUUGAAUUUUUUGGAGCAACUCAUGUUGUUAGCCGGCUUCUACGUUGGGAUAUGGAUGAAGAUCUGACUGACUGUAGAACAAGAUUUGAUGUAGUGCUUUGUGCUGACUGUCUUUAUUAUGAUGAAGGAAGACAGCCUCUGUCAUCAACUAUUUGGAAAAUUUUAAAGGAUAAUGGUCUGGCUGUAAUUUUGGCUCCAACACGUGGUAGAACCUUUCAACAGUUUGUAGACUUGGUCCAAAAACGAUUUCAUGUAGAACGUCUUAUGGCAUAUGACACUCAUGUAUGGGAGCUUAAUUGUCGACUGAAAGAGUCAAAAUCCAGUAUAUAUGAUGAAGACCUUCACUACCCACAGAUGCUGAUUUUAAGGAAAAUUUAGUUUUCAUGAACAACAAA